CGCCCCAUUUUUUAUGGCGUAGCAGCACACACCCGGACUGGGGAUUCCGGAGUGCGUGCGUAGCUCCGCCCCGGAUACGCCUGAAGGGAACCGGGUGGACGGAGUUCGGUAUGAGGAAAGCCCGGAUGUUCCGGGAGGCGAGGACACGGCCAUGAAGAGCCCAGGGAAUGGAGAAAAUGAUGGUGGCCAGGCCGCCCCGCGCUCUGCGGCUACAGCGGACAGCACAGACAACCGUGACUAUGUUCAGCUGAAGGUUCCUCUCAUCCAGCAGUCUUAUCACUGGGAUUGUGGCUUGGCAUGUGCGCGUAUGGUGCUACAAUAUCUAGAUCUGCUUUGUGAGGAUGAGUUCCAGAAUGCAAUGAAAGAGCUUCAACUCACAAAAAGUAUUUGGACAAUUGACCUGGCAUAUCUUAUGCACCACUUUGGGGUACAACAUCGGUUCUGCACACAGACACUUGGUGUAGACAAAGGAUACAAGAAUCAAUCAUUCUACAGAAAGCACUUUGAUGCAGAGGAGAACAGAGUAAACCAGCUAUUUGCACAAGCCAAGACUCAAGGUGUCAAUGUGGAAAAAAGGAGUGUUACAAUACAGGAGCUGCAAAACCAUCUUUCCCAGGGACAUGUGGCCAUAGUACUAGUUAAUGCUGUUUUGCUAUUGUGCGAUCUGUGUCCUAGCCGUGUUAAAUACUGCUGUUUUCUCCCGAUCGGACAGAAAUGUUUCUGCAGAAGUAGUGAUUACCAAGGCCACUUUAUAAUACUUUGUGGUUACAAGAAAAGCUCCGGCAGUCUUUUCUACAACAAUCCAGGUUAUGCUGACCGAUUGUGUCGGACAAGCAUCACUAACUUUGAAGAAGCUCGAUGCAGCUACGGCACAGAUGAGGACAUCCUGUUAAUCUUUGUGGGCAGCUGACACUAGGAUGGAAUAUGCAGCACUGCAGAUUACUUUCAUAUAUGCAGAACUAAUUCUGCUAUACAGAGACAUUUUUUACAUCUACAGAGUGAAAUAAAAAUAACCUCAUGGAUAACAGCUGGAUCCAAAAUGCUCUCCAGGGUAGACUUCCACCACUAGAUGGAAUUGUGUAUGUAAAAUUUACUGAGCACAAUAACUGGGGUAAUUACCUUUAGUACUAUUGCAGUAGUCAAGCGCAGGCUCUGUAAAUUAAGGAUAAGUGCACUUUUUACACACCUUGGCACCUUAAAUCUAUCCAUUCAAAUCAAGUAAGUUUACAGAUAAAGGGUACCUUUUAUUUUUGCCUGCUGUUCACUGAAGGCACUGUUGGAAGCCUCAAUCGUUUUAUUUUUGAUGGCUGAUAAAGCCCCCUGUACAUCUUUGACUCAGUACUGCUGCAUAAAUGGCGCGUGCAUCUCCAACAUCCCUCUGUGAGCAUGCUGCCAGUUCUCCAUCUUCUGUAUGAAUGAAUCGGCAAGCACAUCCAAAUGCUUUUUGGGGAUCUCCUGCUAUAAAUAAUGGACUCACGUGUACUGUCUACUUCCUUUUGGAGUUUCUAGGGGAAAAUUAUUUUAUAAUUUUAAGCUACUGGGUAUAGGUCAGCCUGGUAUGAGGUGCAACAAAGUUUUAGAUUUUUAUGAUUGAGGUGUACUUAUUCUUUAGUUAUGACUUUUGUAGUAUGCUGUGCCUAUUGUCUGUCUGGUUAAAACUAUAAGCUGAGACUGUCAAGGGGGCCUCUGUUCUCUCUGCUUCUUCCAUCCACAGGCUAGGGUUUAUUACAGGAUAUCAACUUGAUUUCAUAAACACAGAGGGUGUGUACAUAUUUAGCACUGAUCUAUAAAUUGCAGGCUAUCUGCCAUAUAAAAGGUGAAGGACGUAUGCAAUCAACAACAGGCAACCAUAUUAAUAAAGUAACAUUUUAUACAUAUA